UUUGCCUUCAUUGGAAACGACAGGCUUAGAUCUAUCUUGGUUAAUAACAAUCUUUGAUCUUAGCUUUACAGAUCGCCAUUAUUGGGUUUAACAGUGCACAGUGAUUAAGAGUGGAGACUGGGGCUUUAGGAGUAAAAGUGGAACAGGCUAUUUUAAUGAAAUCCAUCGAAGUGCGGAACUACUACUACUGCCGACUCCUGCUGUAUAAUAGUAUCACCGUCGGUUGUUAUUCGAGAUGAUAUCCGUUACGACCUGAAACGAAACGGUACGACGAUCGGACACACCUGGAAUAUAACCAAAGCAGUCUACAUCCAACCAGCCAGCCCAGCUCCAUCGGAAAUUCAGUUUACUGGAAAUACAUCAGUCCUUUGGAUGGGAUCUUAGUUUGCCUUUUUAUUAGAGAAGAGAAGCCAUUAUUCCUGUGGGGUUUUAUUUCAUGGGGAUGUGUUCAAGACAAGAGAGAAUACAAAAAGACGUCGACAUUGUAAUUCAAAGGUGCAAGGCAGAGAAAGACUGCCUUUUCUCUGAUUUCAGAUACACUGACGCCACCUUCACCUUCACCUAUUCCAAAGGCUCCAGAAGGGUGUCCUACUCUGUGCACGUCUCUGAUGACUACCCAGACAACACAUACGUGUCAAACUCUGAGAAGGAGGAUGAAGUUCUAGUCACCAGAGACCAGAUCCCCGUCAUCUUCCACAGAAUAGCAACAGAGAUUAGGGUCAAUAAUGACGCCAACUGCUGCCUGUCCAUCAAGUCAAAACUUCAGAUAGACAAGAACCAGUGCCACUAUGCCAUAGAGGAGGACUCUGAGGGGGAUGCUGACUCUGAGGAGUUUUACUAUGGAGGUCAGGUGAACUCUGAUGGCGAGCUCCACAAGCACCCCCAGUUGGAGGCGGAUCUGGCGGCAGUCCGGGAGUUGUACGGACACCACGCAGUUUCUCUCAGGGAAUACGGUGCCAUUGACGACGUGGACAUUGAUCUCCACAUCGACGUCAGUUUCCUAGAUGAGGAAAUAGCCCUAGCGUGGGACGUGAUACGGAGGGAGCCGGUAAUUGUGCGUCUACACUGCUCUCUGACACAGUACCUGAAUGGACCGGUCCCCACGGUGGACGUGUUCCAGGUGUCGACUAAAGACCGGUUUGGACUGGGACAUCAGAUGAACAAAUCUCCCAGCUACCCGCCUCCCGGCUGUGUCAAGAGCAAAAAGAAGCUGAAGCCAGAACAAGAUGGCGUCUCUAAAUCCCAAACCGCCUUCUCCGCGGACUGCACCGGCACCGCCUAA